UUGUUUUCUUGAUUCUUGUCGAACAGGAAAACACACUCUUUUUCUUUUUACUAAAGGCGAAAACUUCGAUUUGAUCUGGGUUUUCUGAAUCCAGAUUCGAUUCCUAAUCGGGAGAGAGAUUAUUUCUUCUUCUUUUUUUUAUUAUUAUUAUUGAGGAGAUGGAUUUUGAGCUGAGAUCGGCGAGGGAGAAGCUGGAGAGAGAGCAGAGGGAGAGGAAAGAGAGGGCGAAAUUGAAGCUUGAGCGGGAGAGGAAAGCUAAGGAGGAAGCGAGGAGGCAACGCGACGCCAUCGAAGCUGCUCAGAGAGCUCGGAGACUAGACGCCGUUGAAGCUCAGCUCAAGGCUGAACAACAUGCCCAAGAAACUCUUAUCGCUGGGGAAGGGAUAGUGUUUGAGCAUAUCUUGCAAGCUGUCCCCUUUCAAGGAAAUGGAGACAAGAUAAAACUGCCUCCGUCGUGUUUCACUGAGUUGUCUGAUCAAGGAGCUUUCGAUAAAGGUCCUUUGUACUUUCGACUAUCUGUAAUUCACCAUGGGACUCCAGUUAACGAGGAGGAUGGUAAAAAGGAUGGUAUUAGGACCACUCAUUGCGGUGUUCUUGAGUUCACUGCUGAAGACGGUACUGUUGGGCUUCCCCCACAUGUUUGGAGUAACUUGUUUUCAACUCAUGCUCCCGCUGAUUCUCCUCUGGUCCAAAUUCGUUAUGUCCGAUUGCCGAAAGGUGGGUAUGCAAAACUUCAGCCCGGUGACGUUGGUUUCUCGGAUUUGCCUAACCACAAAGCUAUCCUCGAAACAAUUCUCCGGCAACAUGCUACCCUUUCUCUAGACGAUGUUCUCACUGUAAGUUACGGACAGCUAUCUUACAAGCUACGGGUUCUUGAGCUUAAACCUGCCUCGAGCAUUUCGGUUUUGGAUACAGAUAUCGAGGUUGAUAUAGUGAGUCCCGACAUUGUUUCAGAUAAACCGAAUCAGCAUGUUUUGAUACCGCUUCAUUUUGGAAAGCCUGAAUCUGGAACAGUUGGGGAAGGUCAAUAUGUGUACUAUAAGUUCUCCAUCGAUAAUACUACAGCGGACAAGGUACUAUCUGGAAAUGUCAAAGUCGUUGUACAGAUAGACGUGGAGAAGGAUGGUGGGGAUACCGAUCUCUAUGUAUCGAGACACCCGAUUCUAUUCCCGUCCCUUCAUCAGCAUGAGUGGUCCUCUCACGAUAUGGGCUCCAAGACCUUGAUCCUGGGGUCAAAGGAGAAAGUUUUGAGUCCAGGCACUUACAGUAUCGGUGUCUAUGGCUUUAAAGGAACAGUCACAUAUCGGGUUUCAGUGUUCGUCCAAGAAAACAACGAUUACACUAAGGUUGGCCAAAGAGCAACAUCAUCAUCAUCAUCGUAUUCAUCCGAUGUCGAUACAGUAGAAUGCAGGAACUGUAAGCAUUCUAUUCCCUGCAGAAGCAUCGCAUUGCAUGAAGCGUAUUGUAGUAGACAUAACGUCGUUUGUCACCAUCCCGGCUGUGGAGUCGUUCUUAGAGUCGACGAGGCAAAGAACCAUGUGCAUUGCGAGAAGUGCGGCCAGGCACUGCAGCUAGCUGAGAUGGAGAAACACUUGAAAGUCUUCCACGAGCCGCUUUCAUGUGGAUGCGGAAUUCUGCUCGAGAAGGAGCAGAUGGUUCGACACCAAGCAUCGGAGUGUCCCUUGCGGCUAAUCACGUGCCGGUUCUGUGGGGACAUGGUCCAGGCCGGUGUCUCGGCAGCAGACGCAAGAGACAGGCUGAGGGGGCUGUCGGAGCACGAGAGCAUGUGCGGUUCGAGAACUGCACCGUGUGACUCGUGUGGUCGGUCGGUGAUGUUGAAGGACAUGGACAUUCACCAGAUUGCUGUCCAUGGCAAGACCAGCUAGUUUUUCACUUGUAAUGUCCAAGAAGGGAAGAAGAAAGCCUCUUGCUCCGUCUCUGGAGCAAAAAAACAUUGUUCUGAACUGAAACUUCUUGUAAUGCCGCCUAUGUUUGUCACUGUCUGAACAGAGAAACAUUCAUUGGUA